UGAUUCUGCCAGUGUACGGCGAGUCCUGCAGCCAGAAUACACAAUGCUGCCUCCCUGUCAUCAAAGUGAAUAUAAAGCAAGACCUCUUGCUAGUCUCUUGCACCAGACUGCUGCCUAUUCUGGCUCUUCAAGAGUGACAAGACCUCUGAUCCCAGAUGAUGCCAAGCAGAACUUGACUGAGGUCUUCAUCAACCGCAUGCUGACAUCUGCCCAGUAUCUCAGAGCAGCCCAGGAUUACAAAUUUUGGUUGAAACGUAAAAUUCAAUUCUUCAUAAAAGAGGGGCUUGAAAAGAAAUUGCGAGAUGUAUUUGAUGACCUUCUGGGACCGAGACAUAGUGGAUCUAUGGACAAUCAAGAUCAAAAUGGAUGGAUGCCCAAGAUCAUGGACUUUGAUAAAAAGAGUCUGCUUGAAGAGUUCCUUCGAGAGAUUCUGCUUGCUGAGAACUCCUUGCAGCUACAGAGGCUCUAUUCUGAGUAUAAGGAACAGCUGGAAGGCAACCUUAUAGACACUAUUUAAUGUAGCAUACUUGGGCAUACAAUUUUGAUAUAAUACUGAUAUUUCGAGAAGUACUGUAAUCUUUAUCUCGUGACCAAUAUCUUGAAUUUAGAUGCUGUUAGUGCUUAUAUGUCUUUAGUUGAAUUUUAGCCAUGGAUUUUGUCGUCAUGAGUUGUAGAAAGAAAUGAAGGCUGACUUCUUAUGAGGCACCCCAAUAUCUUGACAAAUUUGGAAAUUGAUUUUUGUGGAUAAUUGCUAACCCAAAAUCAUUACAUAAACUUGAGGUAAUCAGAUAAAUAACUCUAUGAAGUCAAUCUUAUUAAUUCUACUCCUUUUUAAAAACAGUCCCUGCCUUUUGUAUAAAUAUUGUAUUUUAGGGUUUUGUGCAUAGUGUUCACAUGUGAUGACGAUAGUAAUAAGACUGGCGAUUAGAAAGCAGCCAUUGCUAUAUGAUAAUAUACAUAUUUAAAACUGGUGAAUAGCAUGAACUAGCAAUAAGCCAGCUUAGUUCAUGUAUUGCUCUAUUAUGCAUAUGUUUAACUAUAAAUUGAUGUUAUUCAAGACAAAGAUCACUGCCAGUGACAUCUCUUGCCUUAAACAAGUUUAUAAACUCGAUAAUACUGGCUUUCUUACAUUGAGCCAGAUAUUAUGAGGUUGGCUCUGACUACUCAACUGCCAGAAGAACUGUUUCCACUCACUGCCAGAUCAUAUAUAUAUAUAUAAGAGACCCGGUGUCUGCUACAUGGUAGAGCAUUAGUUAUCAAAUAACUGACCUCGUACCUGUAGCUCCUUACCCUCCCUGAUGCACUGCCAGUCGUAAAAAUGAACUUAAAUUAGAAAGUUGGUACAUAGGAAGUGUGGGUAUGAAUGUUUACAAUGAUGUAAGUUUACCUGUAUAAUCAUGCAAUUAAGUGUGAAAUUCAUGAAAGUUAGCAAGCAUAAAUGCUAGUGAAUGCUGUACAUAAGUAUUCAUUAUAUUAAUGACAAUCUUUUUGUGCAGCAAAAAAAAAAAAAAAAAAAAAAGUCAAGCUGUAUGAGGUUACCAUUUUAGUAAUUAAUGCAUCAGUCAUCCAUCAGUUCAUUUCACUUUCAUUUAUUUUUGCAAAUUACAAUCGAAACCAUUCCUGUUUUCAGCAUCCUGAUGUCUUUCAUACAUAAAAAUGAAUGGAGUGAUUUUUAUCCUCUUCCUUCCUUUAUUUAUUACUUUUUUAUUAUUACUUUAUUUUUUUGAUACUUCUUAAAAGGAGAGGAGAUUAUAAUAUUAAGUUUUAAACUAUACUGAACACUGCCAGCAUUAUAUGAGACAUUUGUGAUCUUUGUAUUUUCUGUAAUGCAACAUAUACAAGGCUUAGUCCUGCACAAUUACUGCCAAUGAUAAUUAAGACUGAAGGAUAGUAAAUGAACAAUUUCAAAACAACGUAUAUUACAUAUUUACAAUAUCAA